AUGAAAGCCUCGGAGCCGAGAGAUAAGAUAUACGCGAUGCGCAGCCAGUUAACGGACACGUUUGGUAGAAUGGACGUGGACUACAAUCAGCCGAUCGAAUCAGUAUUUGCCACAGCCACAAGAUACAUGCUCAUGCAAAGUAACGGGCUGGAGUCGCUUUACCAUGCGAGCCGACCGACGAAGUUGGGCAACCUUCCAUCUUGGGCCAUAGACUGGGCUUCCGAGGAAGACAUGGAAUAUUUCUGGUAUCACAGUCUGCCUUGGAUGGAGCGUAGAGUAUGCGGUGGAAGCGAACCUCUUUACAGGUUCUCCGUCGACGGAAGGGCACUCUACCUCAGAGGCAGGCUGGUCGGAAAGGUGCACGAUCGAUACGUCUCACCUGUUUGUCCUUGCUGCUCUGAUUCCCGCGGUACUGCGAAGUAUGACACCUUCAGCGACCAAAAGGUGGUCAGCGUAAUCUUGAAAGAGGCUGCUGCUUGGUUCUCAGACUUGACUGCCGCAGCUAACGCUGCACCAGGAACCAUAGAUCCUGCUCUCACGGUGCCCCAGAGCACGUUGAGUAGUGUUGCUAGUCUCCUGGACUUCAUUCGUAGUCAGAGUUUCGAGAGAAUUCGGAAGAAGUUCGUGUCUUCCUUCCAGCUAACCCCGAAGAACGACUUGAAGAAGAUGGUCAGCAAGAUUGCUUCUGAUCGCAUGUUUUCUAGGAAAUUCGCUGCAUAUCUGGGUACUGGGAGGCUUUUCCUCACAGCCAAGGGCUCCUUUGGAUGCGCUCUGCGCUCCAUUGAGCCCGGGGAUCUCUUAUGUAUCUUUUCUGGGCUUCCAUACCCGUUUGCUGUUCGUCCGAGUGGCUCAAGCUACAUUCUCGUGGGACCUGUCUUGCUUGAUGGCGUUAUGGAGGGAGAAAUGUGGCCAGAGGAUGAGAGCGUUCUGGAAGAGUGGGAAUUUGUCUGA